GAAGUUAUAUAGAAUAGAUCUUUCGGAGCAGACAUGGUGUUCUGGGUUCAGUUGUUUCCUGGAGACAAUGUGGAAUGGGGUCGGUAUGAGUUGCUUACAUGACCAUACUACAUUAUUGCACAGUUUAUUUUGGCUUUAAGGGGCAAGAGUUUCAACACGUGCGAACAGGCGUGGAAAUUGCAGUCCAUUGCCUUCUGAUGAAACAGUUUUUGCAUGCUCAAGCCCAUUCAUCUGUUUUCUUACCAGCCGUAUCUUGUGGCUUACUCCUUCCCCAUCACCCAGCGCUUUACCAUUACCACUGCCUCUACUACGCAGGUAGUAACGCUCAACCCGACCAUCUGUGCGACUUCCCCAGCUCGCCGACAACCGCCUUCCCUCACCAUCUCGCCCAAACCAUAUCUGUUCUCGCUGGCCUGAAUCGGGGAGCGCGACCCGGUGAUAAGUUCCAAAAAGUCCCUCUCGUAGCCCGCACUCCCGAAGCGAACCCAUUCCCUUGGCAGCCAGGCCUGGAACGACCAGCAAAGCACAUCAGCAGAGCAAUAUUAGGGACAUUUUUCUUACCCCUGGCACAGCUUUCCGCGAUCUCGCCGAUUUGAUCAUCAUAUUUGGCCAACUCUUGUGGUCUACAGUUCGGCUCGCAUUCGCCUCGACUCGCGCAGCACUCUACCUACAAAAGGACACGGUAUACAGCCUCUUGUCGAUUUCGGCGCGGAUU